UUAUCCCUACUUGAUUAAUUUUUUCCCACACACACGUACGUAUAUAACCACUCUUUUAUUUUUCGGUUGAAAAAUAGCAUGGAUGCUCCUUGGCCUGGGCUCUCCCGCUACUUUCUCAGCAACUGGAACAGACACAGCCACCGAGUCACCCAAUGCCAGUCGUCCCCAGACUCCCUCGAUAUUUCCACCGGCAAUACAACCUGUUCCCCUGAAGAAGCAGCAUCCCAUUGACCUCAAUGGAUUCAGCUGGCCCAGCAUUGGAACCGAGGAGCGCCGCAGCGAGACUGCCGAGGAAAAGGAAGCUCGGCUGACGAAAAUGUCGGAUGCCGUGAGAACUCUGCUCGAAUGCAUGCGGUAUGCUAAGGCUCUGAUGUUUUUCACAAAAGGAUACGAAGAGUCCAUGAACGACGUAAUUAACGAUGCGCUAUUUGACGAAGAUCACGAAGAAAUGGUCAUUGUUCGCGACAUUGAUAUAUUCUCACUCUGCGAACACCACCUUGUGCCAUUCUGCGGCAAAGUGUCUAUCGGUCUUGGGUUAAGCAAACUAGCGCGUAUCGCAGAGAUGUUCAGCCGUAGGUUGCAGGUUCAGGAGCGGUUGACGAAGCAGAUUGCCGUGGCGCUUAAUGAGAUUCUGCAGCCACAGGGGGUUGCCGUUGUUAUGGAGGCCAGCCAUCAAUGUAUGGUUAUGAGGGGUGUGCAGAAACCAGGAAGCAAGACUAUUACAAGUUUCAUGUUGGGCAGGUUCCGCUCGGAUCCAAGACUC